UCACAAAGUAAAAGCCAUUGGAAACAGGUGAGAUCGAGCAGAACGGAUCUCUACAGGGUCAGUGAAGAUGUUCCAGAUGAAGAUGCUGGAAUGGGCCAUAGUGCUACUGGGCCUGCAGUCUGCAUAUGCAGGAUAUAUAAAAGAAGUUGGGGACAUAAGCUCAGAAGAAUCAGAUGUUUUUUUGCCAACGACGGUCUUCCCCACUAUGCCGAAUCUGGUGACAAUGUCAGAACCUAAUCCGGAUCAUCAAUCCACCAUCUGUAGCACAUGGGGCAAUUUUCACUUCAGGACCUUUGAUGGUCAUUUCUUUCAAAUGGCUGACACAUGUAACCACAUUCUGGCUGUGAUGUGUGAUGUACCUGUCUCAGAUUUUAACAUCCAAUUGCAAAGAACGAUGGUGAAUGGCUCGGUUACUUUCACCUCAGUCAAAUUAGAGCUGGAGGGGACGUCCAUCAAAUUUAGUCAUGGCAACAUCUACAUGGACGACCAAGUGGUAUCUAUUCCCAUGAGUCAGAAUGGAAUUAAAAUUGAGGGAAGCUCUUCGAGUGUUAAGGUCUCCAAAUAUGGAGUGACUGUUAUUUGGGAGGAAGAAGAUCACUCUAUGGUGAUUGAACUUGCUGAGAAGUACCGAGGUCAGACAUGUGGACUCUGUGGAAACUUCAAUGGCAAGACGACUGAUGACGUGAUUUCAACAGAUCCAGAGACAUGGAAGGUGUCCAUACCAGCUGAACCCUGUGAAGAAAUCCCACUUCCCCCCAGUGAUCAGUGUAAAAACCAGAUUGACAUAUGUAAGCAGUAUCUGAAGAGUUCAGGAUUUGAUGACUGUCGUCGUUUGAUGGACCUGAGUUCAUUUGAGAAAGUUUGCGCAGACGACCUGUGUCAAUGUCCUGGAGACCAGGAGUGUGUCUGCAACACGCUUACAGAAAUAUCACGACAGUGCACGCAUGCUGGUGGCAGGCCGGGAAUGUGGAGAACAGAUCAACUUUGUCCAAAGACAUGUCCACUAAACAUGGUAUACAUGGAGUGUGCUGGCCCAUGCAAAAACACCUGCUCGGCCCCAAAUGGAACCAUGCUGUGUACAGAUCACUGCGUAGAUGGCUGUUUCUGCCCUGAGGGCACUGUGGAAGAUAACAUUGGUAACAGUGGUUGUGUUCCUAUAAACAAAUGCCCAUGUACGCAUGAUGGCAGAAUAUACCAGACUGGAGAGUCAUACAAGCAAGCAUGUAAAAAAUGCGAGUGUGCUGCUGGAUACUGGAGUUGCACGGAUCUGGAAUGUCCUGGAAUCUGUUCUGUUAUGGGAGGCUCUCACAUCACCACCUAUGAUGGAAAAACCUUCAGCUUUAAUGGCAACUGUGACUACAUCCUCACUAAGCACUCUAAUGACAGCAGUUUCGCUGUUGUUGGAAAUCUAGACAAGUGUGAUCCGAGCCGAACUGACAUGUGUUUGAAUUCUGUUACUCUGAUCAUGUCAGAGACCAUAGUGACCACUGUCAUUUUUUCGUCAAGGGGGACUGUCACGCUAAAUGGAAUCAGUCCAGAUAAGUUUCCAAUAAUCACAGAGCAAAUGGUCAUCAUGCAGCCCUCAUCAUCCUUCAUUAUCGCUGAAAUAAAGAGUUUUCGUCUAGAGAUCCAACUGUCUCCAAUCAUGCAGUUGUAUAUUGUAGCCAGCCCCUCAGAGAAAGCCAAAAUGAGUGGUCUGUGUGGGAACUAUAACGGUGUCCAGAUAGAUGACUUUAAAACAGAUUCAGGCAUUAUAGAGGGAACACCAACAUCCUUUGUUAACUUUUGGAAAAAGAACCCAUACGCUUGUCCAGAUGUUGAAAACACAUUUGACAACCCCUGCAGUCUGAGAGUGGAAACAGAAAAACUUGCAAAAGACUGGUGUUCCCGUCUGACGGAUCCAAAUGGAACCUUCUCCUCAUGUCAUUCAGAAAUAUUUCCUGACAUUUACUAUCAAAACUGCGUUUAUGACACCUGUAAGUGUGCUGAUAUUGAGAAGUGUAUGUGUGCCGCCCUCUCCGCCUAUGCCCAUGCAUGUGCCGAAAGAGGGAUCAUUCUCCACGGAUGGCUGGAUUCAUACCCCUGUGACAAAGUGUCAGAGUGUUCAGAAAAUAUGGAGUACUCCUACAAUGUGACCAGUUGUAGCAAAACCUGUCGUUCUAACUCUAAGACCGACUACAUCUGCAAAAUGUCUACACCUGUGGAUGGCUGUGUUUGUUCAGAAGGGGCUUACCUAAACGAUGCAGGCCAGUGUGUGAAUGCUGACCAGUGUCCUUGUUACUAUAACAACCUGGUCAUACAGCCAUCAGGAUCAAUAAACAUUGAUGGUGCCAACUGCACCUGCGCUCUUGGCAAAAUACACUGCAACAGUCCGGAAGACUGUGUGGCUCCAAUGGUCUACGUCAAAUGUUCGAUGAGUGAACAUGGAAAAACAGGAGCAGAGUGUCAAAGGACAUGCCAGAACCAAGACCCACAUAACUGCGUCAGCACAGGUUGUAUAUCAGGUUGUAUGUGCCCAGAUCAUCUGCUAGCCGAUGGUCAAGGUGGCUGUGUAGAGAAGGAAAACUGUCCUUGUUUUCACAAUGGAUUAACUUAUUCACCUGGGGAUGAGAUUCAAGAUGAAUGCAACACCUGCAAAUGCACAAAAGGGAUGUGGAGUUGUACUGAUAAAGAUUGUUACGGCACCUGUACCAUCUAUGGAGAAGGACAUUAUAAGACCUUCGAUGGAAGAAAAUAUUUUUACCACGGAGGCUGUGAAUACAUCUUAGCACAAGAUUAUUGCAACAUGGGAGAGAGUCAAUACUCAUUACGCAUUGUUACAGAGAACAUUCCCUGUGGCUCCACCGACUCCAUUUGCUCCAAAUCUAUCAAUCUUUUCUUUGGGAGAUACAAGGUGGUUUUAUCUGAAGUGGAUGGAGUAAAAGUUAUUGAAACCAAUGGAACCGACUACCAAUAUCAAAUCAAUUCUGUGGGGAUUUACACUGUAAUUGAGAUCAAAAAGCUUUUAAACGUAAUUUGGGAUGGCAAAACAACCCUGAUGCUCCAACUCCAUCCCAGCUUAAAGGGCAAAGUGUGUGGACUGUGUGGAAACUUUGACGGUAAUGCAAAUAACGACUUUGUAAAGCAUGAUGGAGAAGAGGUCACUGAUGCGGUGGUGUUUGGAAGUAGCUGGAAAGUGAAACCAAGCUGCCCAGAAGUGGACAGUUUGAUAGACCCUUGUCAGAAAAACCCUCACCGGAGUGUCUGGGCUAUCAAACAAUGCAGCAUCAUUACAAGCAAUGUCUUUAAAGAUUGCCAUGCACAUGUGGACUCUGCCCCAUACUAUGAUGCCUGUGUGAGGGACACCUGUGCAUGUGAUUCUGGGGGAGACUGUGAUUGUUUCUGUACAGCAGUGGCUGCUUAUGCGGCUGAAUGUCGAAAAAAAGAGGCUUGCAUUGCAUGGCGGACUCCACAUAUUUGUCCUUUAUUCUGUGACUACUACAAUGACCCAGUGGGAGACUGUGAGUGGCACUACAGAACCUGUGGUUCGGCCUGCAUGAAAACAUGCAAAAACCCAGAAGGGACCUGUUCCAAUCAAAUUCCUCUCCUAGAAGGGUGUUUUCCUCAGUGCCCUUCUGACAGGCCAUUUUUAAAGGAAGAAACCCAAAAAUGCGUCACAGAGAUUGAGUGUCAAACGUGUGUAUAUGAUGGGAAGGAGUUUACGAUUGGAGAAGAAGUGUACCACACCACCGACGGAAACGGCUUGUGUUUCAAAGCUGUGUGUGGAUCAAAUGCAACAAUAAUUAGAUAUAUGGAAACUUGCAUAACAACAGCUAAACCAUUUACUUUCCAAAGUAAAAAAACAACAACAACAACACCAACAACCACACAACUAUCAACCACAACACAACCAUCAACAGCAACUAAAACCACUGGUAUGUCCACAUCUACUGGACCAUCAACAAGAACAACACAACCAUCAACAGGUACACAAACCACUGUUGUGUCCACAACUGCAGGACCAUCAACAGGAACAGCACAAUCAACAACACAACCAAUAAAAGGGGAAACAACACAAGCAUCAACAGCUACUCAUGCCACUGGUGUGUCCACAACUGCAGGACCAUCAACAACACAACCAACAACAGCUACACAAAGCACUGGUGUGUCCACAACUGCAGGACCAUCAACAGGAACAGCACAAUCAACAACACAACCAAUUAAAGGGAAAACAACACAAGUAUCAACAGCUACUCAUGCCACUGGUGUGUCCACAACUGCAGGACCAUCAACAACACAACCAACAACAGCUACACAAACCACUGGUGUGUCCACAACUGCAGGACCAUCAACAGGAACAGCACAAUCAACAACACAACCAAUGAAAGGGGAAACAACACAAGUAUCAACAGCUACUCAUGCAACUGGUGUGUCCACAACUGCAGGACCAUCAACAACACAACCAACAACAGCUAAACAAACCACUGGUGUGUCCACAACUGCAGGACCAUCAACAGGAACAGCACAAUCAACAACACAACCAAUGAAAGGGGAAACAACACAAGUAUCAACAGCUACUCAUGCCACUGGUGUGUCCACAACUGCAGGACCAUCAACAACACAACCAACUACAGCUACACAAACAACUGGUGUGUCCACAACUGCAGGACCAUCAACAGGAACAGCACAAUCAACAACACAACCAAUAAAAGGGGAAACAACACAAGUAUCAACAGCUACUCAUGCCACUGGUGUGUCCACAACUACAGGACCAUCAACAACACAACCAACAACAGCUACACAAAGCACUGGUGUGUCCACAACUGCAGGACCAUCAACAGGAACAGCACAAUCAACAACACAACCAAUAAAAGGGGGAACAACACAAGCAUCAACAGCUACUCAUGCCACUGGUGUUUCCACAACUGCAGGACCAUCAACAACACAACCAACAACAGCUACACAAACCACUGGUGUGUCCACAACUGCAGGACCAUCAACAGGAACAGCACAAUCAACAACACAACCAAUAAAAGGGGAAACAACACAAGUAUCAACAGCUACUCAUGCCACUGUUGUGUCCACAACUGCAGGACCAUCAACAACACAACCAACAACAGCUACACAAACCACUGGUGUGUCCACAACUGCAGGACCAUCAACAGGAACAGCACAAUCAACAACACAACCAAUGAAAGGGGAAACAACACAAGUAUCAACAGCUACUCAUGCCACUGGUGUGUCCACAACUGCAGGACCAUCAACAACACAACCAACUACAGCUACACAAACCACUGGUGUGUCCACAACUGCAGGACCAUCAACAGGAACAGCACAAUCAACAACACAACCAAUAAAAGAGGAAACAACACAAGUAUCAACAGCUACUCAUGCCACUGGUGUGUCCACAACUGCAGGACCAUCAACAGGAACGGCACAAUCAACAACAAAACCAAUAAAAGAGGAAACAACACAAGUAUCAACAGCUACUCAUGCCACUGGUGUGUCCACAACUGCAGGACCAUCAACAACACAACCAACUACAGCUACACAAACAACUGGUGUGUCCACAACUGCAGGACCAUCAACAAGAACAGCACAAUCAACAACACAACCAAUAAAAGGGGAAACAACACAAGUAUCAACAGCUACUCAUGCCACUGGUGUGUCCACAACUGCAGGACCAUCAACAACACAACCAACAACAGCUACACAAAGCACUGGUGUGUCCACAACUGCAGGACCAUCAACAGGAACAGCACAAUCAACAACACAACCAAUAAAAGGGGAAACAACACAAGCAUCAACAGCUACUCAUGCCACUGGUGUGUCCACAACUGCAGGACCAUCAACAACACAACCAACUACAGCUACACAAACAACUGGUGUGUCCACAACUGCAGGACCAUCAACAGGAACAGCACAAUCAACAACACAACCAAUAAAAGGGGAAACAACACAAGCAUCAACAGCUACUCAUGCCACUGGUUUGUCCACCACUGCAGGACCAUCAACAACACAACCAACAACAGCGACACAAACCACUGGUGUGUCCACAACUGCAGGACCAUCAACAGGAACAGCACAAUCAACAACACAACCAAUAAAAGGGGAAACAACACAAUUAUCAACAGCUACUCAUGCCACUGGUGUGUCCACAACUGCAGGACCAUCAUCAACACAACCAACUACAGCUACACAAACAACUGGUGUGUCCACAACUGCAGGACCAUCAACAGGAACAGCACAAUCAACAACACAACCAAUAAAAGGGGAAACAACACAAGCAUCAACAGCUACUCAUGCCACUGGUGUUUCCACAACUACAGGACCAUUAACAACACAACCAACAACAGCUACACAAACCACUGGUGUGUCCACAACUGCAGGACCAUCAACAGGAACAGCACAAUCAACAACACAACCAAUAAAAGGGGAAACAACACAAGUAUCAACAGCUACUCAUGCCACUGGUGUGUCCACAACUGCAGGACCAUCAACAACACAACCAACAACAGCUACACAAAGCACUGGUGUGUCCACAACUGCAGGACCAUCAACAGGAACAGCACAAUCAACAACACAACCAAGGAAAGGGGAAACAACACAAGUAUCAACAGCUACUCAUGCCACUGGUGUGUCCACAACUGCAGGACCAUCAUCAACACAACCAACUACAGCUACACAAACAACUGGUGUGUCCACAACUGCAGGACCAUCAACAGGAACAGCACAAUCAACAACACAACCGAUAAAAGGGGAAACAACACAAGCAUCAACAGCUACUCAUGCCACUGGUUUGUCCACCACUGCAGGACCAUCAACAACACAACCAACAACAGCGACACAAACCACUGGUGUGUCCACAACUGCAGGACCAUCAACAGGAACAGCACAAUCAACAACACAACCAAUAAAAGGGGAAACAACACAAUUAUCAACAGCUACUCAUGCCACUGGUGUGUCCACAACUGCAGGACCAUCAUCAACACAACCAAGUACAGCUACACAAACAACUGGUGUGUCCACAACUGCAGGACCAUCAACAGGAACAGCACAAUCAACAACACAACCAAUAAAAGGGGAAACAACACAAGCAUCAACAGCUACUCAUGCCACUGGUGUUUCCACAACUACAGGACCAUUAACAACACAACCAACAACAGCUACACAAAGCACUGGUGUGUCCACAACUGCAGGACCAUCAACAGGAACAGCACAAUCAACAACACAACCAAUAAAAGGGGAAACAACACAAAUAUCAACAGCUACUCAUGCCACUGGUGUGUCCACAACUGCAGGACCAUCAACAACACAACCAACAACAGCUACACAAAGCACUGGUGUGUCCACAACUGCAGGACCAUCAACAGGAACAGCACAAUCAACAACACAACCAAGGAAAGGGGAAACAACACAAGUAUCAACAGCUACUCAUGCCACUGGUGUGUCCACAACUGCAGGACCAUCAACAACACAACCAACAACAGCUACACAAAGCACUGGUGUGUCCACAACUGCAGGACCAUCAACAGGAACAGCACAAUCAACAACACAACCAAUAAAAGGGGAAACAACACAAGCAUCAACAGCUACUCAUGCCACUGGUGUGUCCACAACUGCAGGACCAUCAACAACACAACCAACAACAGCUACACAAAGCACUGGUGUGUCCACAACUGCAGGACCAUCAACAGGAACAGCACAAUCAACAACACAACCAAUGAAAGGGGAAACAACACAAGUAUCAACAGCUACUCAUGCCACUGGUGUGUCCACAACUGCAGGACCAUCAACAACACAACCAACAACAGCUACACAAAGCACUGGUGUGUCCACAACUGCAGGACCAUCAACAGGAACAGCACAAUCAACAACACAACCAAUAAAAGGGGAAACAACACAAGCAUCAACAGCUACUCAUGCCACUGGUGUGUCCACAACUGCAGGACCAUCAACAACACAACCAACAACAGCUACACAAAGCACUGGUGUGUCCACAACUGCAGGACCAUCAACAGGAACAGCACAAUCAACAACACAACCAAUGAAAGGGGAAACAACACAAGUAUCAACAGCUACUCAUGCCACUGGUGUGUCCACAACUGCAGGACCAUCAACAACACAACCAACAACAGCUACACAAAGCACUGGUGUGUCCACAACUGCAGGACCAUCAACAGGAACAGCACAAUCAACAACACAACCAAUGAAAGGGGAAACAACACAAGUAUCAACAGCUACUCAUGCCACUGGUGUGUCCACAACUGCAGGACCAUCAACAACACAACCAACAACAGCUACACAAAGCACUGGUGUGUCCACAACUGCAGGACCAUCAACAGGAACAGCACAAUCAACAACACAACCAAUAAAAGGGGAAACAACACAAGCAUCAACAGCUACUCAUGCCACUGGUUUGUCCACCACUGCAGGACCAUCAACAACACAACCAACAACAGCGACACAAACCACUGGUGUGUCCACAACUGCAGGACCAUCAACAGGAACAGCACAAUCAACAACACAACCAAUAAAAGGGGAAACAACACAAGUAUCAACAGCUACUCAUGCCACUGGUGUGUCCACAACUGCAGGACCAUCAACAACACAACCAACAACAGCUACACAAAGCACUGGUGUGUCCACAACUGCAGGACCAUCAACAGGAACAGCACAAUCAACAACACAACCAAUAAAAGGGGAAACAACACAAGCAUCAACAGCUACUCAUGCCACUGGUUUGUCCACAACUGCAGGACCAUCAACAACACAACCAACAACAGCGACACAAACCACUGGUGUGUCCACAACUGCAGGACCAUCAACAGGAACAGCACAAUCAACAACACAACCAAUAAAAGGGGAAACAACACAAUUAUCAACAGCUACUCAUGCCACUGGUGUGUCCACAACUGCAGGACCAUCAUCAACACAACCAACUACAGCUACACAAACAACUGGUGUGUCCACAACUGCAGGACCAUCAACAGGAACAGCACAAUCAACAACACAACCAAUAAAAGGGGAAACAACACAAGCAUCAACAGCUACUCAUGCCACUGGUGUUUCCACAACUACAGGACCAUUAACAACACAACCAACAACAGCUACACAAACCACUGGUGUGUCCACAACUGCAGGACCAUCAACAGGAACAGCACAAUCAACAACACAACCAAGGAAAGGGGAAACAACACAAGUAUCAACAGCUACUCAUGCCACUGGUGUGUCCACAACUGCAGGACCAUCAACAACACAACCAACAACAGCUACACAAAGCACUGGUGUGUCCACAACUGCAGGACCAUCAACAGGAACAGCACAAUCAACAACACAACCAAUAAAAGGGGAAACAACACAAGCAUCAACAGCUACUCAUGCCACUGGUGUUUCCACAACUACAGGACCAUCAACAACACAACCAACAACAGCUACACAAACCACUGGUGUGUCCACAACUGCAGGACCAUCAACAGGAACAGCACAAUCAACAACACAACCAAUAAAAGGGGAAACAACACAAGUAUCAACAGCUACUCAUGCCACUGGUGUGUCCACAACUGCAGGACCAUCAACAACACAACCAACUACAGCUACACAAACAACUGGUGUGUCCACAACUGCAGGACCAUCAACAGGAACAGCACAAUCAACAACACAACCAAUAAAAGGGGAAACAACACAAGUAUCAACAGCUACUCAUGCCACUGGUGUGUCCACAACUGCAGGACCAUCAACAACACAACCAACUACAGCUACACAAACAACUGGUGUGUCCACAACUGCAGGACCAUCAACAGGAACAGCACAAUCAACAACACAACCAAUAAAAGGGGAAACAACACAAGUAUCAACAGCUACUCAUGCCACUGGUGUGUCCACAACUGCAGGACCAUCAACAACACAACCAACAACAGCUACACAAAGCACUGGUGUGUCCACAACUGCAGGACCAUCAACAGGAACAGCACAAUCAACAACACAACCAAUAAAAGGGGAAACAACACAAGUAUCAACAGCUACUCAUGCCACUGGUGUGUCCACAACUGCAGGACCAUCAACAACACAACCAACAACAGCUACACAAAGCACUGGUGUGUCCACAACUGCAGGACCAUCAACAGGAACAGCACAAUCAACAACACAACCAAUAAAAGGGGAAACAACACAAGUAUCAACAGCUACUCAUGCCACUGGUGUGUCCACAACUGCAGGACCAUCAACAACACAACCAACAACAGCUACACAAAGCACUGGUGUGUCCACAACUGCAGGACCAUCAACAGGAACAGCACAAUCAACAACACAACCAAUGAAAGGGGAAACAACACAAGUAUCAACAGCUACUCAUGCCACUGGUGUGUCCACAUCUGCACGACCAUCAACAACACAACCAACAACAGCUACACAAAGCACUGUUGUGUCCACAACUGCAGGACCAUCAACAGGAACAGCACAAUCAACAACACAACCAAUAAAAGGGGAAACAACACAAGUAUCAACAGCUACUCAUGCCACUGGUGUGUCCACAACUGCAGGACCAUCAUCAACACAACCAACUACAGCUACACAAACAACUGGUGUGUCCACAACUGCAGGACCAUCAACAGGAACAGCACAAUCAACAACACAACCAAUAAAAGGGGAAACAACACAAGUAUCAACAGCUACUCAUGCCACUGGUGUGUCCACAACUGCAGGACCAUCAACAACACAACCAACAACAGCUACACAAAGCACUGGUGUGUCCACAACUGCAGGACCAUCAACAGGAACAGCACAAUCAACAACACAACCAAUGAAAGGGGAAACAACACAAGUAUCAACAGCUACUCAUGCCACUGGUGUGUCCACAACUGCAGGACCAUCAACAACACAACCAACAACAGCUACACAAACCACUGGUGUGUCCACAACUGCAGGACCAUCAACAGGAACAGCACAAUCAACAACACAACCAAUAAAAGGGGAAACAACACAAGUAUCAACAGCUACUCAUGCCACUGGUGUGUCCACAACUGCAGGACCAUCAACAACACAACCAACAACAGCUACACAAAGCACUGGUGUGUCCACAACUGCAGGACCAUCAACAGGAACAGCACAAUCAACAACACAACCAAUAAAAGGGGAAACAACACAAGCAUCAACAGCUACUCAUGCCACUGGUGUUUCCACAACUACAGGACCAUCAACAACACAACCAACAACAGCUACACAAACCACUGGUGUGUCCACAACUGCAGGACCAUCAACAGGAACAGCACAAUCAACAACACAACCAAUAAAAGGGGAAACAACACAAGCAUCAACAGCUACUCAUGCCACUGGUGUUUCCACAACUACAGGACCAUCAACAACACAACCAACAACAGCUACACAAAGCACUGGUGUGUCCACAACUGCAGGGCCAUCAACAGGAACAGCACAAUCAACAACACAACCAAUAAAAGGGGAAACAACACAAGCAUCAACAGCUACUCAUGCCACUGGUGUUUCCACAACUGCAGGACCAUCAACAACACAACCAACAACAGCUACACAAAGCACUGGUGUGUCCACAACUGCAGGACCAUCAACAACAAAACCAACAACAGCUACACAAAGCACUGGUGUGUACACAACUGCAGGACCAUCAACAGGAACAGCACAAUCAACAACACAACCAAUAAAAGGGGAAACAACACAAGCAUCAACAGCUACUCAUGCCACUGGUUUGUCCACAACUGCAGGACCAUCAUCAACACAACCAACUACAGCUACACAAACAACUGGUGUGUCCACAACUGCAGGACCAUCAACAGGAACAGCACAAUCAACAACACAACCAAUAAAAGGGGAAACAACACAAGCAUCAACAGCUACUCAUGCCACUGGUGUUUCCACAACUACAGGACCAUCAACAACACAACCAACAACAGCUACACAAAGCACUGGUGUGUCCACAACUGCAGGACCAUCAACAGGAACAGCACAAUCAACAACACAACCAAUAAAAGGGGAAACAACACAAGUAUCAACAGCUACUCAUGCCACUGGUGUGUCCACAACUGCAGGACCAUCAUCAACACAACCAACUACAGCUACACAAACAACUGGUGUGUCCACAACUGCAGGACCAUCAACAGGAACAGCACAAUCAACAACACAACCAAUAAAAGGGGAAACAACACAAGUAUCAACAGCUACUCAUGCCACUGGUGUGUCCACAACUGCAGGACCAUCAACAACACAACCAACAACAGCUACACAAAGCACUGGUGUGUCCACAACUGCAGGACCAUCAACAGGAACAGCACAAUCAACAACACAACCAAUAAAAGGGGAAACAACACAAGCAUCAACAGCUACUCAUGCCACUGGUGUUUCCACAACUACAGGACCAUCAACAACACAACCAACAACAGCUACACAAACCACUGGUGUGUCCACAACUGCAGGACCAUCAACAGGAACAGCACAAUCAACAACACAACCAAUAAAAGGGGAAACAACACAAGCAUCAACAGCUACUCAUGCCACUGGUGUUUCCACAACUACAGGACCAUCAACAACACAACCAACAACAGCUACACAAACCACUGGUGUGUCCACAACUGCAGGACCAUCAACAGGAACAGCACAAUCAACAACACAACCAAUAAAAGGGGAAACAACACAAGCAUCAACAGCUACUCAUGCCACUGGUGUUUCCACAACUACAGGACCAUCAACAACACAACCAACAACAGCUACACAAACCACUGGUGUGUCCACAACUGCAGGACCAUCAACAGGAACAGCACAAUCAACAACACAACCAAUAAAAGGGGAAACAACACAAGCAUCAACAGCUACUCAUGCCACUGGUGUUUCCACAACUACAGGACCAUCAACAACACAACCAACAACAGCUACACAAACCACUGGUGUGUCCACAACUGCAGGACCAUCAACAGGAACAGCACAAUCAACAACACAACCAAUAAAAGGGGAAACAACACAAGCAUCAACAGCUACUCAUGCCACUGGUGUUUCCACAACUGCAGGACCAUCAACAACACAACCAACAACAGCUACACAAAGCACUGGUGUGUCCACAACUGCAGGACCAUCAACAGGAACAGCACAAUCAACAACACAACCAAUAAAAGGGGAAACAACACAAGCAUCAACAGCUACUCAUGCCACUGGUGUUUCCACAACUGCAGGACCAUCAACAACACAACCAACAACAGCUACACAAAGCACUGGUGUGUCCACAACUGCAGGACCAUCAACAGGAACAGCACAAUCAACAACACAACCAAUAAAAGGGGAAACAACACAAGCAUCAACAGCUACUCAUGCCACUGGUGUUUCCACAACUACAGGACCAUCAACAACACAACCAACAACAGCUACACAAACCACUGGUGUGUCCACAACUGCAGGACCAUCAACAGGAACAGCACAAUCAACAACACAACCAAUAAAAGGGGAAACAACACAAGUAUCAACAGCUACUCAUGCUACUGGUGUGUCCACAACUGCAGGACCAUCAACAACACAACCAACAACAGCUACACAAAGCACUGGUGUGUCCACAACUGCAGGACCAUCAACAGGAACAGCACAAUCAACAACACAACCAAUAAAAGGGGAAACAACACAAGCAUCAACAGCUACUCAUGCCACUGGUGUGUCCACAACUGCAGGACCAUCAACAACACAACCAACAACAGCUACACAAACCACUGGUGUGUCCACAACUGCAGGACCAUCAACAGGAAUAGCACAGUCAACAACACAACCAAUAAAAGGGGAAACAACACAAGUAUCAACAGCUACUCAUGCCACUGGUGUGUCCACAACUGCAGGACCAUCAUCAACACAACCAACUACAGCUACACAAACAACUGGUGUGUCCACAACUGCAGGACCAUCAACAGGAACAGCACAAUCAACAACACAACCAAUAAAAGGGGAAACAACACAAGCAUCAACAGCUACUCAUGCCACUGGUGUUUCCACAACUACAGGACCAUCAACAACACAACCAACAACAGCUACACAAAGCACUGGUAUGUCCACAACUGCAGGACCAUCAACAGGAACAGCACAAUCAACAACUAAACCAAUGAAAGGGGAAACAACACAAGUAUCAACAGCUACUCAUGCCACUGGUGUGUCCACAACUGCAGGACCAUCAUCAACACAACCAACUACAGCUACACAAACAACUGGUGUGUCCACAACUGCAGGACCAUCAACAGGAACAGCACAAUCAACAACACAACCAAUAAAAGGGGAAACAACACAAGUAUCAACAGCUACUCAUGCCACUGGUGUGUCCACAACUGCAGGACCAUCAACAACACAACCAACAACAGCUACACAAAGCACUGGUGUGUCCACAACUGCAGGACCAUCAACAGGAACAGCACAAUCAACAACACAACCAAUAAAAGGGGAAACAACACAAGCAUCAACAGCUACUCAUGCCACUGGUGUUUCCACAACUACAGGACCAUCAACAACACAACCAACAACAGCUACACAAACCACUGGUGUGUCCACAACUGCAGGACCAUCAACAGGAACAGCACAAUCAACAACACAACCAAUAAAAGGGGAAACAACACAAGCAUCAACAGCUACUCAUGCCACUGGGGUUUCCACAACUACAGGACCAUCAACAACACAACCAACAACAGCUACACAAAGCACUGGUGUGUCCACAACUGCAGGGCCAUCAACAGGAACAGCACAAUCAACAACACAACCAAUAAAAGGGGAAACAACACAAGUAUCAACAGCUACUCAUGCCACUGGUGUUUCCACAACUGCAGGACCAUCAACAACACAACCAACAACAGCUACACAAAGCACUGGUGUGUCCACAACUGCAGGACCAUCAACAACAAAACCAACAACAGCUACACAAACCACUGGUGUGUCCACAACUGCAGGACCAUCAACAGGAACAGCACAAUCAACAACACAACCAAUAAAAGGGAAAACAACACAUUCAUCAACAGCUACUCAUGCCACUGGUUUGUCCACCACUGCAGGACCAUCAACAACACAACCAACAACAACGACACAAACCACUGGUGUGUCCACAACUGCAGGACCAUCAACAGGAACAGCACAGUCAACAACACAACCAAUAAAAGGGGAAACAACACAAGUAUCAACAGCUACUCAUGCCACUGGUGUGUCCACAACUGCAGGACCAUCAUCAACACAACCAACUACAGCUACACAAACAACUGGUGUGUCCACAACUGCAGGACCAUCAACAGGAACAGCACAAUCAACAACACAACCAAUAAAAGGGGAAACAACACAAGCAUCAACAGCUACUCAUGCCACUGGUGUUUCCACAACUACAGGACCAUCAACAACACAACCAACAACAGCUACACAAACCACUGGUGUGUCCACAACUGCAGGACCAUCAACAGGAACAGCACAAUCAACAACACAACCAAUAAAAGGGGAAACAACACAAGCAUCAACAGCUACUCAUGCCACUGGUGUUUCCACAACUACAGGACCAUCAACAACACAACCAACAACAGCUACACAAACCACUGGUGUGUCCACAACUGCAGGACCAUCAACAGGAACAGCACAAUCAACAACACAACCAAUAAAAGGGGAAACAACACAAGUAUCAACAGCUACUCAUGCUACUGGUGUGUCCACAACUGCAGGACCAUCAACAACACAACCAACAACAGCUACACAAAGCACUGGUGUGUCCACAACUGCAGGACCAUCAACAGGAACAGCACAAUCAACAACACAACCAAUAAAAGGGGAAACAACACAAGCAUCAACAGCUACUCAUGCCACUGGUGUGUCCACAACUGCAGGACCAUCAACAACACAACCAACAACAGCUACACAAACCACUGGUGUGUCCACAACUGCAGGACCAUCAACAGGAACAGCACAAUCAACAACACAACCAAUAAAAGGGGAAACAACACAAGUAUCAACAGCUACUCAUGCCACUGGUGUUUCCACAACUACAGGACCAUCAACAACACAACCAACAACAGCUACACAAAGCACUGGUGUGUCCACAACUGCAGGACCAUCAACAGGAACAGCACAAUCAACAACACAACCAAUAAAAGGGGAAACAACACAAGUAUCAACAGCUACUCAUGCCACUGGUGUUUCCACAACUACAGGACCAUCAACAACACAACCAACAACAGCUACACAAAGCACUGGUGUGUCCACAACUGCAGGACCAUCAACAGGAACAGCACAAUCAACAACACAACCAAUAAAAGAGGAAACAACAAAAGUAUCAACAGCUACUCAUACCACUGGUGUGUCCACAACUACAGGACCACCAACAACACAACCAAAAACAGCUACACAAACCACUGGUGUGUCCACAACUGCAGGACCAUCAACAGGAACAGCACAAUCAACAACACAACCAUUAAAAGAGGAAACAACAAAAGUAUCAACAGCUACUCAUACUACUAGUGUGUCCACAACUACAGGACCAUCAACAACACAACCAACAACAGCUACACAAAGCACUGGUGUGUCCACAACUGCAGGACCAUCAACAGGAACAGCACAAUCAACAACACAACCAUUAACAGAGGAAACAACACAACCAACAACACAUUCAUCAACAGCUACACAAACCACUGGUGUGUCCACAUCUACAGGACCAUCAACAGGAACAACACAACCAACUACACAAUUAACAAAAGAAACUGCUACUUCCACCAUUACUGCUACAACAUCAAAUCCAUUAUCUACUACAGUGACAGAAACAUCAACAAAGUUUACAGUGUUCACAGCAUCAACUGAACAAAUAUCUCAUACCACUUUACCCCAAGAACAAAUUACAACAAGUUGUUACUGCACAUUCGCAAAUGAAAUAUUCCUUCCAGGGUCUAUGAUAUACAACCAAACUGAUAAAGCAGACUGGUGUUACACUGCUUACUGCAACUCAAGUUGUUUUGUUGAAGUAACGAAGAACCCGUGUUAUAAAACCACUACAGUUCCUGUUUCAACAGUUCCAAAUGAUUGUAAUGAUGUCAACCGAAAGAAUGGAGAAUCGUGGACUGAAGAAUGUAUAACGAAAACGUGCACAGAAGGGACGGUGACCUCCACCCCUGUGCAGUGUGACACAAAUGAUGCCGUUGUACCUACGUGUGCUAAUGGACUUACACCUGAGAAAGUCUAUUACAACAAUGGCUGCUGCUCUAAAUAUGAAUGCCAAUGUAAAUGCAGUGGCUGGGGUGACCCUCAUUACAAAACAUUUGACGGAACAUAUUAUGCUUUCCAAGGAAACUGUUCCUACGUGUUGGUCAAAGAAAUUGUUCCUAAAUAUGACAUCAAUGUCCACGUUAAAAACUAUUACUGUAACACUGCAAAAAAUUUCGCUUGCCCCGAGUAUGUGAUUGUAAACUACAAAUCCUAUAAUAUCAAGAUGACAAGCUACAGCGAGGAUAUUCAGGUCUAUGUCAAUAAUGAUGUGAAGAUCCCAACAUACAGUAAUGAAGACUUCUCCAUCACCACGUCUGGAAUGGCUGUGACUUUGAGCAUCCCUGAAAUUAAAGCAGAAAUUUUAGUUAAUCAUCAUGGUUUUGAGGUCAAACUUCCAUUCUCUGAAUUCAGUGGUAAUACAGAAGGACAGUGUGGGGUCUGUGACAACAACCCUAAAAAUGACUGCAGACGUCCCGAUGGACAAACGGAUGAAUCAUGUGGGAAUAUGGCACAACUGUGGGCAGACAGCCCAGAAUGUCAAACAUCUCCACAACCACCAUCUAAAGGCUCCAGCUGCAAUGCACAAAACUGUGAACUCAUCAAAAGCGAUUUGUUCAAGAGUUGCCAUGCAGUGGUGCCCUAUCAAAGCUACUAUGACGCAUGUAAAUAUGACAUAUGCAACAAGAAAAGUGAAUCUAUGGCCUGUACCAGUCUGGAGGCUUAUGCACGAACGUGUGGUGAGGCAUCUAUCUGUAUUGACUGGAGAAACUCAACUGAACCUAAAGGACUCUGUGACUACAAGUGUGCCGAUCACAAAGUCUACAAGGCAUGUGGACCAAAGGUGGAAAAAACCUGCAGUACAAGAUACAACGAAAUGUUUGUGCACAAUGAAUGCCAAGAUCCAAAGUAUAUGGAAGGCUGUUUCUGUCCAGAUAACACAUAUCUACUUAGUUCAACGUCAGAUGAAUGUACAGCUAACUGCGAUUGCAUUGGCCCCGAUGGAUUAUCUAGACAGCCUGGGGAUUCAUGGACCAUCAACUGUACAACAUAUAGGUGUUCCAGGGAAAGGUUUGGUGUUGUGCAAGAACCUGUUAAGUGUCCAAAAAUAAAGCCCUGUGGUGAACAAUACAAAACAACUAUAACAAACUGCUGUCCAACAUGUGAAUGCAAUAUGGAGCUGUGUCUUAUGAAGAAAUGUGACAUUGGAUACGAGUUAGCAAGCACUAAAUCUGAGGACGGCUGCUGUCCAGCCUGUGUGCCCAAAAAUGUCUGUGUUUACAAUGACAAUGAGUACAAGCCUGGUGUUAAAAUCCCAACAGAUUCAUGCAACGAUUGCACAUGUGGAAUGGAAAAGAACCCAAAGACUAACCUACAUAUUAUGCAAUGUUCUCCAAUAAAAUGUGAACCCUGUGGAGAGGGCUUUGAAGAGGUAAAGGUUGAAGGAGAGUGUUGUGCAAAAUGUAAGCCAACAGGAUGUUUGUAUAAAAACGCAAACAACAUUUCACAAAUUCUCAAGGUUGGAGAAAUACACAGUUCUGCAUGCGAAGGGGUGGUUUGCCGUGAGGUUGAUGGAGUGUAUUUGAUUGAAAAGUCAAUAAUGAAUUGCCCGGCCUUUAAUCCAGUUGAUUGUGUGCCGGGGACUGAGAGAAUGGAUGCAAAUGGAUGCUGCAAAAUCUGUGAUCGUAAAAACUGUGCAGUUGUAAGCACCACAGAGAAAGUGAGCGCAAACAACUGCAUAUCCAUCGAUCCUAUAGAAAUUACGUCCUGCAGUGGCCAAUGUGGUACCAAGUCAAUGUAUUCAAUGGAGCAACGCUCAAUAAUGCAUGUCUGUUCUUGUUGCCGGGAGACGAAAACUAGCAUGAAAGAAGUGAAGCUGAAGUGUCCCAAUAACAAAGAGAUCUUGUACAAAUACAUCCACAUUGACAGCUGUGAAUGCACUUCAACCAAGUGUGGGGAAUGAAGACCGGAUAACAGAUUAUUUCGCUAUCUAUCAGACCUUGUUUUGAUUAUUUCAGAUUUAAACAUGACUCUGUUACAAUUCUAAAAAAUGAUUUGCAAAUGUAAAGAUAAUGGUUAAAAUAUUUUCUAAGUAUAGCUUAAACUGUACUCUUUUACUCUUUUAACAUAUCUUACUUAAUUUACUUAUUUUUUUCUUUCUACACUUUUGAUUCUUCUGUAACGUUUAAUGAAAUUAUGUAAUUCAUUUUAAUGAAGGUGAAUGUUAAACACAAUAAAGUAAGCAGCAAUUGA